AUGAACGGCACGACCAACAGCUCCCUCGCCGAGGAGGAGCAGCGCGCGUACACCAUGUUCAAGCACAGGCUCGGCCUCAUCGACCGGCGGUGGCAUGACGAAGGCUACUCCGUCUUCUCCUGGGAGAGGGGGAGGAGCGAGGAGGACACGCGCAAGAUCUUCGCGGAAUGGAAGGUACAAGAAGGAGUUACCUACAGCUCCAUCGCCCACCAGGAGCACCGGUACACCAUAUUUAAGGAGGCCCUCCGCGACAUCGACCAGCACAACUCUGACUACGCCAUCGGGGUCUACAAUAACAACCGAUGCAUCGACCAGUUCAGCCAUCUCAUCCAAGAGGAGUACGAAGCCGUUUGCUGCGGGUACUGGGAGGUGAUGCCGUCCGAGGCCGAAUUACAGAGGGUGGGCGAGAUCCUGGAGCGCUUGUGGCAGGCAUUUACUCUUCGGCUAAAUUAAUUCUUGGUUGACACGAAAUUUACUGGAUUGCUUUUUUAUGGCUCAGCAUGCAUCUCCAAUGUUUUCUAUACGAGCAAAAAGUAGAGGAUCUUUUUUAGCACAAAAGUAGAUGGUUUUCUCAUAGAUGAAGUUCUUAGAAUAUAUAUGUGUUGGCUAAUUAAUUGUAAAAUGCUACUGAUUUUUACUAGAGUUGAGGAAAGUAUGUGAAGUGUUUUAGCAACUUCUGAAUAUACCACAUGGCUUCAUUAUGCAAGAUAGGAGAGGGAGCAGAGGCUUAUUCUUUCAUGCAAGAAUAUACUGGUGCUGGCUGAAUUAUAUUCUUGCCUUGUUUAGGCACAUGGGACAGACCACAGUGCUUCUAUUUUCCAUGUUUGUGCCCAGGCCUCACCGAACUUGUAUUAUUCUGAAAGACUUGCAAAAAGCUUCCAGCACAUAUUCACGGGGACGAUAAC